AUGCUAAUGAUGCAAUCAAAUGUUAAUCUCCCACCUAUUCAAAGCAUCCUUUCCAAUAUGAAUGCUGAUACAAAUAACUUGGUGCAACCAAGAAUAUCAGACAGAAACUCCAUAACAAGCCAAGAUUAUCAACUGAGGUCCGGUACUUCUCCAUCACAUCUUCGUUUAAAUGCCCCCAUUGUUAAUAGUCCAAUAACACCAACUUCCAUAUCGGUGACCCCCCGUGGACAUCAGGGCAACCAACACCAUUCAAUAAUAGAUUAUUCCAUGUAUACACAUACUGCUAAUACUACGGCUACUGUCAUGCCAAGAUAUAAUGAACCAUUCCUACCUAUUCCUACUCCAAAGGAAAAUUCCAUAACCUAUUUCUUACAACCUGCUGGUCAGUACGUUACUGCUCAAACAAUGACGAUAACAACUCCUCCAACAAGUAGACAUAAUUCACUCCCUAAUUCUCCACUAGGUUGGAACCAAACUGUGGCUGCUGCUCCACCGGAAUUACAUUCAAAUUCACAUUCAAAAACUUUAUUACAGGGGAAAUGUACUUGUAAUAAGAGCAUAAAUGAAAAAUUUAAUGGUAUUCAUACUCAUAUUCCAAGACCUAGAAAUGCCUUCAUAUUGUUCAGACAACAUCUACAUCACUCUUUAUUCCCCAAGAAUAAAGAAUUGUUAGACAAAGAAGGUUCAUUUAAGACAAAUUCUAACGUAUCCAGAGAAAUAGGACAACGUUGGAGAGCUCUUGAUGAAGAUGAUAAGAAGUACUGGCAAGACUUGGCCCAAAAGGAAAAGGAAUGGCACAAGAAGAAAUAUCCAAACUAUAAAUACACUCCAAGGAUUAAAGAUGGAAGUGUUCAUUUUGUCAGGCCAAAAAACGUGCCACUUUAG